GCAUGUUGACACUCGGUCUUCAGGUGCAAAACUGGGUCAAGCUUCAGUUUAAAAUGGCAUCCCGUAUGUACAUGUAUACAGUACUCAUGCUGGUUGGUCUGGUGUCAGUACCAAAAGUUAUUGCAGACAUUGGCUCCUUCUGGCACGUGACAGACUUCCACUAUGACUCCACUGUAUUCACCAGUCAGGACUCGUGUACCUCUCCUGUAGCAGACAUUGAGCAGAAGCCGUAUGGUGACUAUCUCUGUGACUCCCCUUGGUCCCUCAUCAACAGCUCCGUACACGCCAUGAAGCAGAUUGAACCUAACGCAGACUUUAUACUCUGGACAGGGGACAACGCACCUCACAUUGACGAGAGCAAGGACAGCUCUGAAAAUAUCAUCAAUAUCAUUUCUAAUCUGACUAGUAUAUUAAUGGACGUCUUUCCGAAUACGAAAGUGUACGCAGCUCACGGUAACCAUGACUACUUCCCUCACAACCAACUUCCGCCGCAUGAGAAUGAAAUUUACCACGCAGCAGCUAACAUGUGGCAACGUUGGCACCGCGAUUCCACGGCCAACACUACAUUAAGAAAAGGUGGCUACUACAUGGUUAGUAUCAAACAAGGGUUGGUGGCUGUUGUGUUGAACACAAACUUGUAUUAUAACAGCAACAAAGUGACUGCUGACAUCAGUGACCCCGCUGGACAAUUUCAGUGGUUUGAUCAGGUCUUAGAUCAGGCAGCUCAAAAUGGCAAUAAGGCCUACGUGAUUGCACAUAUUCCAACUGGUAUGUACGAGGAAGGCGAUUCAAUGAUAAGACCACAAUUCAAUAAGAAACUGAAUGACCUCAUCAUCAAACACAAGAAUACAAUAGCAGCCAUGUUUUACGGUCAUCACCAUACCGACACGUUUAAGCUUUGGUACGAUCAGGAUGAACCAGUAGCGUUUGGACUGGUAGCACCUUCCGUAACACCAUGGCGUGCCAUUGUUCCUGCCAUCAACUUAAGCACACCUGCCCACAACCCAGGCAUCCGGCUCUUACGAUAUGAUAGACUGACUUUCCAACUAAAAGACAUUUGGCAGUAUUACCUGGAAUUGCCUGAUGCAAAUGACAAGUCCAAGGCACAGUGGAAACUAGAAUACAAGUUCAGCGAGGCAUAUGGCGUUCACGAAAUUACCUCCGCCUCACUGGCGCAGUUGGUGUCCGAUUUGGAGAAGAAGACCGAUGUCUUCAUGAAGUAUUUCCGUUAUAACAUAGUCAGUGCUAAAGGCGAAAGUGUUCCUACAUCCUGUGACACCAAUUGUCAGCGACUUUAUAUCUGUUCUAUUAAAGAAGUAGACGAUGAUAGGCACAGUAAAUGUGUAAAACCUGUUAGCAGUAAUGGUUUCAGGCUCGUGGCGUUUAUUUCCUGGGAUUUUUAUUUUCUUUUUACUAUAAUGAUU